AUGGACAGCCUAUCUUCAGCAACAGACCUGACGCGCUGGCGCCUCUCCAGCCAGCAGGGAGUUCAUCGUUGGAGAUACUUUCCGGAGAGUGAAGGCAAUGAGCCCGCACAGAGCCACGCAGAAAAGUAUCUGCUCGGAACUCUGAAUCCAGACAAGAAACAGCAAGCCAUUUCUAAGGCUCGCUCAUUUGACGACACGGCCCGUGACGGCUUCAACUUCUUCACGCGUUUGCAGUUUCCCGAAGGUCAUUGGGCAUGCAACUACAGCGGUCCUAGUUUCCUGAUCCCUGGUCUUGUGUUCGCCAUCUACAUUACUGGAUCUGAGCUUCCUAAGGAAUGGAAGGUGGAAAUGGUCUGCUAUCUCCGACACCACGCCAACGAGGAUGGGGGCUGGGGUUUGCAUCUGGAGGGCAAAUCGACAGUCUUUGCGACUGGCCUGUACUAUGUCAUGCUUCGACUCCUCGGUAUGGACCGACAUGACCCUCUGACAAGCAAGGCCAGGCAAUGCUUGUUGUCGCUGGGCGGGGUCGCAGGAAUGCCCCAAUGGGGCAAGAUAUGGCUCGCCUGUCUAAACCUGUACGACUGGGAUGGUGUCAACUGCAUUCCUGUUGACCUCUGGCUUCUCCCGUCAUGGGUACCCUUCCAUCCUUCUCGUUGGUGGGUGCAAUGCCGGGCUGUCUACCUCCCGACCUCCUACCUCUGGUCUAACCGCUGUACCAUACCACUGACGCCUCUUCUCACCGAAAUUCGACAAGAAAUACACACCGAGCGAUUCAGCAAGAUCGACUUUGUCAAGUAUCGCAACACUCUUGCACCAUCAGACGCCGUGCGCUCUGUUUCGCCUCUACUUCUGUUCUUCUUUUCCAUCAUAACCAUAUUUUACGACUACCUGCUGCCGCAAUGGUUGCUUGAUCUGGCGAGCCGCAGAGCGUCUGAAAUGAUGCUCAGAGAGGAGCGCAAUACAAACUGGGAGUGUUUGGCGCCGGUGACUAAGGCCUUUCACAUGGUACAGUCAUGGUUCGAGGAAGGGCCCGAUUCGGAAAGACUACGACUUCAUCGCGAAAAGAUCGAUGUAUACCUCUGGAUGGGCACAGACGGCAUGACAUGCAACGGCACCAAUGGGGUCCAAGUCUGGGAUACUGCUUUCGCCGUCCAGGCUGCCGUCGAAGCAGGACUCGCGGAUGACCCGACAUUCAGCGAUACGUUGCACAAAGCUCAUGACUUUCUGGAAAAGUCCCAGCUGAGAACCAACCUGGACGACCCCUUCCGUCAGCCUCGAAAGGGGGGCUGGCCUUUCAGCACCAAAAGCAAUGGAUACAUCGUCUCCGACUGCGCGGCGGAGAGCCUCAAGGCGGUGCUCAUGCUGCAAAAAGAACAGGACUACCCACAAUUGAUUGACGACUACAGACGCAAGGACUGUGUCGACACUUUGCUCCUCAUGCAGAACGCAGAUGGGGGUUUCGCGAGCUACGAGAAGGUUCGGGGUAGCGAGUGGCUCGAGCUACUCAACCCCGCCGAGGUUUUUGAUUGCAUCAUGGUGGAACACUCAUACCCGGAGUGCACCACCGCAGUUUUAACCAGCUUGUUCCUGUUUAAGCGCUAUUUCCCUGAUUAUCGCACGCGGGACAUUGACGAGACUAUUCGAAAGGCGGUUGGCUUUGUUGGUAACAGCCAGCGGGAGGAUGGCAGCUGGUACGGGGCAUGGGCCAUCUGCUUCACUUAUGCUACCUUUUUUGCCCUGCAGAGCUUAGAGGCGGUCGGCGAGCAGUAUCACAACAGCGAGCGUGUGCGCAGGGCUUGUGAGUUUCUGCUGAGCAAGCAGAUGGACGAUGGGGGGUGGGGUGAGCAUCAUUCAUCGUGCGACGAGAGGAGGUGGAUCCAGCAUGAGAAGAGCCAGGUCGUCAACACUUGUUGGGCUGUGCUGGCGCUGAUGCACGCUGGAUACCCCGAUCCAAAGCCUAUUCGGAGAGGACUUGAGUUGAUCCAGAGCCGGCAGCAGGGAAAUGGCGAGUGGUUGCACGAGGGCGUUGAAGGAGUGUUCAAUCGGACAUGUAUGAUCGGAUACCCCAACUACAAGUUCUACUUUCCCGUCAUGGCAUUGGGUGCAUUCAAGCGGAUGUAUUUGCCCAAGAUCAAGGUGUAA